ACGUUUAAUCUAGUGGACGGAACGCUUCUUCAACAACUGCAGCCACCUCGGUAGCUCGCUAGACAACAACGUCGGAACAUUCAAGUUCUUUAGACAAUUUCGUGGUUUAUUUGCCACUAUGAUUUAAACAUACUUAUGUGGAAACAACUAGAUACCCCAUUUAAUUUAAUAUUUACGUUGUAAGUCAACUUGCUGGCUGGUUAAGUUAGCACUAGUCUAGUCGCUAAUACUAACUAGCUAUUAUUUCCGAACAUGAGUUCACUAAGCUACUCUCCUCCUGUUAAAGAAGAGGGGGUCUGCUGGACGGAGAAAGAAGCUCUCGUGAAAGAGGAGGAAGAGGAGGCUGUUACAAUACAAAAACAAGUAGAGGGUGAGGCUGUUACCGUGAAAGAAGAAGAGAAAGACGCCUUCAGAGUGGAGGAUGAAGACCUUUUUGGAAUGAAGGAUGAAGAGGGGGAGAUUACUGUCACAUUAGAGGAGGACGAAGAAGAGAAGACUGGAGAUCUGAUUAACACCAGAAAAUACAGAGAGAGACGGGACUACCGUGGGUCCUCUGGGGAGCCUCAACAACCUCAUGACGCUGACGAGGCAGAGAAGAGUCUCUCCACAUUAGAACACCCCAAGAAACACCUGCAGAGAUCCACAGGGAAGAGAACUCUCUGCUGCUCUGACUGUGGGAAGAGAUUCACCUCAUCAGGCAUUACAAUUCAUCAGCGAACACACACAGGGGUGAAAUCUUAUAGCUGUGAUCAAUGUGGGAAGAGUUUUACUACAUCUGGCUCUCUGACGUUACACCAGAGAACACACACAGGAGAGAAACCUUAUAGCUGUACUCAAUGUGGGAAGAACUCAGCUCAGCAGCCUAAUAACACACCAGAGAAUUAUAGCUGUACUCAAUGUGGGAAGAGGUUUACUCAACAAUGCAACCUGAUAUCACACCAGAGAAUACACACAGGAGAGAAAUCCUAUAGCUGUGAUGAAUGUGGGAAGAGUUUUACUCAACACACUGAUUCACAGAGAACACACACAGGAGAGAAAAAGCUGUACUCAAUGUGGGAAGAGUUUUACUCAGCUGCCUAA